CUAAUAAUUACCCCCGCUGGUCUAAUCAUCUGGAAAUUUCCAGGAAAUCGCAGAAGCGCUGAAACCCAACUGCAUAUAAAUUGCAUCUUCAACGCCUCCUUUAGAAUUUCCACAGGAAUUUCAAUUCGCGUGAGAUUACUUGCAAAGAAAUAAUGGAAUCAUUCACAUCGUUCUUUGAAUCGCAAUCUGCCUCUCGGAACAGUUGGAGUUACGACUCUCUCAAGAAUUUCCGUCAGAUUUCCCCUACUGUUCAGACCCAUCUCAAGCAGGUUUAUCUGUUGCUAUGCUGUGCAUUACUUUCAUCGGCGGUUGGAGCUUAUCUUCACUUUGUUUGGAACGUUGGUGGAUUCUUCACAACCAUUGGAUGUUUGGGUAGCAUCAUUUGGCUACUCUCUACGCCUCCUUAUGAAGAGAAAAAAAGGGUUUCACUUCUUAUGGCAGCUGCUCUCUUUGAAGGGGCAUCCCUCGGACCUCUGAUCAAGUUGUCCGUUGACUUCGACCCUAGCAUUGUUGUUGGUGCUUUUGUUGGUUGUGCGUUGGCUUUUGGUUGUUUCUCGGCAGCAGCCAUGGUGGCUAGGCGUAGAGAGUACUUGUACCUCGGAGGCCUUCUCUCUUCUGGUCUCUCUAUGCUAUUCUGGCUGCAAUUUGCAUCUUCAAUUUUCAGUGGCUCUGUAUCACUGUUCAAAUUCGAGUUGUAUUUUGGACUUUUGGUGUUUGUGGGCUACAUUGUGUUCGACACUCAGGCUAUAAUCGAGAAAGCGCACUUCGGAGACUUGGACUACGUGAAGCAUGCCCUCACACUAUUCACUGAUUUUGUUGCCAUCUUUGUCCGAAUCCUCAUUAUAAUGUUGAAGAAUGCAUCUGACAAGGAAGAGAAGAAGAAGAGGAGGAGAAACUGAGAGUUCCCUUGUGCUGUGGAAAUGAAGGCGUCGUAUAUUCGAUAUGAUGGAUUAUAAUACUCGUCGUUGAACUUUUUCACCUUUGAAAUGUUGUUAAUGGUUACUUCCCAGUUUGCAGUUCAGUGUCUGUGUUGUGCCGUGCCCAUGUGGCUGAUGGUAUAUUUCCGAUGUUUUUUUUUCUUUCAUGGAUAUAAAAAGGCUUGCUAAUUGCGAUAUAAAUAACUGUUGGAUUACUUGUGCAUUUGUGGAGAAUUGAACUCAAGCUAUUGUAGUAUUGCAGUUUCAGCGUAAUUUUCAAUU